GCAAGUGUUGUAUGACAUCCGUGACCGUGACCGUGACAAUGUGUUGAUGACGUACAUGCACUGCUGUUUCUUCCACUCAGUUCGUCGACUCCGGGCUCGUUGUAACUUGUGGGACACAAGAACGGCCGUUGACUAGUGACUCGUCAUCGAUUCACCAACGCUAGUUUAUCAAGUCUAGGUAGGCAUGGUUUGAGUCUACUGUACGAACUCACAAACUCCCCCGCUUCGGAAUUCAGUUCAUCUAGGCUGUAGCAUUUUCCCGUAACACGUAGCACGGCGGACCACGGAAGCAUUGUUGCAGUCAUGCGACUCAAGGCAUCAAGGGAUGCCAGCAACACGAGCCUACUUCAAGAUUCGGAGCGCGGUAUAAAUACGCCUGGGAAGGAGAGGGCAAUACUUGAGGCAGUAGACACCAAGAUGCUGCAAUCAGACAUUUUGGCCCUCGGUGGUCCUGCGUCGUCUGCAUCCAGGAAACGUCGUGGACUGUCAUGGAUCCUUUUUUUAAUUCUCUCCGUUCUGUGUGUUCUGCUGUCACCAGUUAGGCGCUCAAACAUCUGGUCCCCAGCGUCUCAUCUUGAUGUGUCGAGGGCAGAACCAGUGGAUAUGCCGGCGAGCAUGGGCUUAAAUGGAAACGGACGUACGGAUGAUGUCCUGUGGGAUAAGUAUAGUCUAGUUAUCAAAGGGCAGCGUGUUUUUAUCCAUUCGGGAGAGUUCCACACAUUUCGCCUGCCAGUACCUGCACUAUGGCUUGAUAUUCUGCAGAAAGUGAAGGCUGCUGGAUUCAACGCGAUCAGUGUUUAUACCCACAUGGUUCUGAUUAAUCCCUCCCCUGGAGUUAUCGACUUCAAUGAUUACCGCGCUUUGGAGCCACUUUACGAGGCUGCGAAACAGACUGGCAUAUGGAUUGUUCUCCGUCCGGGGCCUUAUAUCAAUGCGGAGACGACUGCAGGAGGCAUUGCACACUGGAUUACAUCAGAAGUGGCAGGCGAACUGCGGACAAACGCGACAGACUGGAAGGCAGCUUGGCAAGACUACGUGCAAGGUAUCAUUACUGAAACUGUUCCUUACCAAGUAACCCAAGGUGGGCCGGUAAUAGCAAUUCAAAUUGAUAACGAAUACUCUCAGGAACCGGCCGGGCAUGCAGAAUAUUUUGCCGAGCUGGAAGCUGUCUAUUGGAACUCCAAUAUUGUUGUCCCGUUGACCGCUAACGACCCGGGAGAAGAUCGGGACUGGAUCAAUGGAACGGGUGCUGUAGAUAUCUAUGGUACGGAUUCUUACCCACAAUUUUUCGACUGCUCCAACCCAGAUGUCUGGAUGCCGGUCGUCACGAACUAUCAUAGCUACCAUGAGUCUGUCGAUCCUGGCCAACCUUGGUAUUUCCCAGAGUUCCAGGGUGGUUCUUUUGACGCCUGGGGUCCAACGGCACCAGGUUACGAUCAAUGCCGCAUACUCACGGGAGCCAAUUUUGAGAAUGUUUUCAACCUUCAUCUAUGGGCGUCUAAUGCAAAACUCAUCAAUUACUACAUGCUAUACGGAGGAACUUCCUGGGGUGCACUUCCAUUCCCCGGAGUCUACACUUCGUAUGAUUACGGGAGCGCCAUUGCAGAGAAUAGAGAGCUCACCGUCAAGUAUGCGGAGCUUAAGCGUCAGGGUCUCUUCCUGCGAAGCUCGCCAGAUUUUUACAAGACAGACGUGGUUGGCAAUAGUACUGGCGGCAUCGUUUCCGUCUCUAAUCCGGCCGCCUUUGUGACUCUGUUAAGGAACCCCGACUCAGCGGCGUCGUUCUACAUUGCAAGACAGAAGAUCUCCACGACGACGAUUACAACUACCUUCAAGCUGAAUGUCACUACUUCUGCUGGUAAAUUUGAGGUUCCUCGUGUUGCAUCUGGCAUCACCCUCGCGGGCAGACAAUCAAAAAUUGUUGUCGCUGAUUACUCAUUUGGCUCGUCAUCGAAGGUCCUGUAUUCUACAGCGCAGGUUCUGUAUGCAGGCCAGAUUGGUGGGAGAGAUAUACUGUUCCUCUACGGCGACUCGACAUCUGAGUCGGAGGCUGCUCUAACACUUCGUGGUACACCUCGUAUCCAAGGAGGAGCAGGAAUCUCUACAACAUCCUCUAAUGGUGUCACCACCAUCAAUUUCCUUCCGGGCAUCCAAGGACUGAUUACGGUUUGGGAUUCCAGCGAGCAGCUUGUCCUCUAUAGUGACGCCGACACCGCUGGAACAUUUUGGUCGCCCGAAAUCUCUGCCAGUGGUCCCGUCGAGUUCGCCAACUAUUGGCAGUUUGGCACGAAUACCUCCAUCCUGGUUGGAGGCCCUUAUUUAGUUCGCAACGCUACAAUCACAGGAUCAACGCUCGCCCUUCGUGGUGACUUGAAUGAAAGUGUUCGACUUUCGGUUAUUGCACCUGAUGAUGUGGAGACGGUUACAUGGAACGGAAUUCCUAUCUCAGCUGAUGCCGCUGCCGCUGCCGCCUCAACUUUGACCUCCCAAGGGGGCUUUUCCGCACAACUACAGCCCUCGUCUGCGGUGCUUGCCUUUGCUCCACCAGCGCUUAAAAACUGGAGAUAUGCGAACAGUUUGCCGGAAAUCCGAAGUGGAUUCUCUGACGCCAACUGGACUCUUGCUGACCAUACCGCCACAAACAUACCCUUCAAGCCUUACUACGGCGAUGGGAGGGUUCUCUAUGGCUGUGACUACGAAUACUGCGAGAGCGCCGUACUUUGGCGUGGGCACUUCAAUGCGACGGAAAACACACAAUCUGUUAACCUCUCCAUCAACGGCGGCCAAGCUUUCGCUGCGACAGUUUGGGUGAACGAUGUGUUCCUGAGCACGUCCUACGGAAACUCCACAAACAACCGAAAUAUCCUAGAAGAAACGGAUGAUAAAUUCCACUUCCCUCCAGGAUCCUUGCGUUACGGAAAAGAUAAUGUCAUUACUAUCCUUCAGGAUAAUAUGGGCCUCGAUCAAUCGGGCUUUGUUAUUGAUAAAGAGAAGUCCCCUCGCGGCGUCCGCGGUUUCAUGCUCAACAGUGGAGACUUCGGUGAAUGGAGGGUUCAGGGUAAAGUUGGCGGAUACACCAACUAUCUCGACAGAGUGCGCGGGGUACUAAACGAAGGAGGGCUCUACGGUGAACGUAUGGGCUGGCACUUGCCUGGAUUUGAUACCUCUUCUUGGGCACUGAGAAGCCUCUCUGAGGGUCUGCCAGACGCCACCGCUGGUGUUGGGUUCUUCGUUACGACGUUCAACUUAAACAUCCCAGAGGGAUUUGAUGUUCCAAUGUCCUUCACAUUUGAUAACACCUCUCAGCCGUACCGAGCUCAGUUAUACGUCAACGGAUGGAUGAUGGGAAAGAGGGUAUCUAACCUCGGACCCCAAUAUCAGUUCCCUGUCCACCAAGGUAUUCUGAACUACAGUGGCACAAAUACUGUUGCGGUCGCACUGUGGGCUAUGGAACCGACGGUUAUCACUCCAACUUUACGGCUCACCGUUGGAAACGUUUACGAAGGCGGUGUCGGCGGUAUUGAGACUAACAACCCUCCUUGGUCGUCUAAAGGACGGCGAUAGGUCUAGAACACUCGGAUAAAAUAUUAUACGACCAUAUUUACAAUGUAUCUUUAAUCCGAACAAACCUCUUCCCUUACAAGUUGCAGCUCGUCUGCGAUGCUCCGCGAAGCUCUGACUGUCAUCCUUGUGCUUGAAAGUGGAUGCUCUUCUCCUUAUAUACUUGCACCUGUGGUCACGGGUGAGCGCGUCCCGGUCA